AUGGCAAAUCUCUUGAAACACAUUCACUGUGUCCUCUUCUUUCGCAGCAGCAAGGAAAAUGUACCCAAAUCUCCUGAAGCAAGCCCAGUUGAGCAUGCACCAGCACCAGCACCAGCCAACGCAGAAUUUGUGAACAAACCUGCUGCUUCCGCAAAUCAAACUGCUACUGCUGAGCUAUACACCGCCCAACACCCAGCAUCACCGCUUCCAACUGCAGCUCCUUCCUCUGCCCCCCCUGCUGCUUUCUCACCUUUCAGCGAGAGAGCUCCAACUGCUGCAAGCAUCUCUCCUUCACAGAACAAACCCAACCAGGGCGCUAAGAACCUAUCUGCUGCAGCCUCCACUAUAUCUUGCGCCAUUUCUUCACAGUCUAGCUAUCAUCAGCAAGCAACCUUCUCUUCCAGCUACCAGUCAAAAUUAAGUGCAUCUAGUGCAUCUAGCCAAGGAUUUUCUUCAACAACUGCUGCCAAAGGUCCUGCGCCUUAUGGAGGGUACAAUGAGCCUGCUGCCCCUGCUCCCAAACCACGGGUAGUGACGACUGCAAGCAUCAAACCAUCUGUUUAUCAACCAGCUCCAGGUCCUGCCCCAAGCUACACUCCAUCUCCAGCAGCUAGUUACCCAGCACCCACGCAAGACCCAACAAGUCGCCCACCAUGGGUGACUGAUGAUAGUUUCUCGCAAAAAUUUGCACCAGGCAAAUCUACAACUACCGUUACUAAGCAAAUCCUGCCCAAAGCAGCACCACCUCCACUGGCUCCAAUCACCACUCACAGCUAUACACCUCAGCCCGUGAGCCAUGCUCCCUCACAAGCACCUCGGGGGCUUAUCCAGCGCGCUGAGAGAUUCCCAGCAAGCAGCAGGACCCCUCUGUGUGGACAAUGCAACGGUAUUAUUAGGGGACCUUUCUUAGUGGCAAUGGGUCGAUCAUGGCAUCCUGAGGAGUUUAACUGUGCCCACUGCAAGUCAUCCCUGGCUGAUGUGAGUUUUGUUGAGGAGCAGAAGGGCGUUUACUGUGAACGGUGCUAUGAGCAGUUCUUUGCCCCAACGUGUGCUCGCUGCAACACUAAGAUCAUGGGGGAAGUGAUGCAUGCUCUAAGACAGACCUGGCACACUACCUGCUUUGUCUGUGCUGCUUGCCGGAAGCCAUUCGGUAAUAGCCUUUUCCAUAUGGAGGAUGGAGAGCCAUACUGUGAAAAAGAUUAUGUUGCUUUGUUCAGUACAAAAUGCCAUGGAUGUGAUUUCCCUGUUGAAGCUGGAGACAAGUUCAUUGAGGCCCUUGGCCACACCUGGCAUGAUUCUUGUUUCAUCUGUGCUGUUUGCCAUGUGAAUCUGGAGGGCCAACCCUUUUAUUCUAAAAAGGACAAGCCUCUUUGCAAGAAGCAUGCCCACGCCAUCAAUGUGUAAGAAGUACCACUGGCUCCUUUGCUGGAGGCAAGCGGCUAAGAGAAAAGCAAGCCUAUUGGUCAACACAAGUUUUUGCAUGUUUCCAACACUGCAAAUAAUGAUGCAGUUAAAUAAGUUUUAUAAAUCUAAAAAAGAAAUACCAUCGUACAACAGAGUACAAUGCAAAUGUUUGUUUUAAGAAAUCUAUGCAAAGUGCAUAUGUGUAAUAUUUGACAGUUAACUUUGUUGCUGUGCCUGAGUGUGAUUUUUUGUUGUUUUUUUUUUGCUUUUUUUAAAUAGAAAGGAUUUGUUAAAAUAUAAAUCAAGCGCUCUAGUAGAUGGGUAUAAACCACAUGUGUAGUAUUAGUCUGUAUAACUAAAUGGACACAUGGAAAAAUGACUUGCAGUUUUACUCAUCACCGCUGGAUUAUUAGCUAUCCUUGAAGUUUUACAGAAAUAGAAUCUUCUGCUAGAUUGAUCAAAUAUCCUAUGGUCUCUGGAAAAGUCAUCAGAACUUUAGGUUUUCCCGACAGGUAUUACAUGAUACUGAAAUUGUGGAAAAUGAUUGAAUGUUUUAAUGCUGAUUACUUAAGUUUCAAACUCGAAGUCAAGGCCAUCGUUUACACUAAUGAUACAUGAAGCACCACUUUCAGAAUUAAUUAGCCUCCUGAGUUGUCACGUUUAGUGACAGAGCAGCAAUAUAAAAUGCGUUAACUCUGUUUCUAAAACAUUACAACGCAUUGUGUAUAUAACCACUGCCUGAUCUGAAUUUACGUCUGUGGGAAAAGUUACCUCCUUGACGCCAAAAGGGUUUAUUAAAUAUACAGUUCUAGAGUAGUUUUAUAAAAGUACAUGGAAAAGUCAUUGUUCGGAUGAUGCUGAUGGGAGAUUGAACACAGAGCUGCAAUCCUAGCAGAAAAAUAAGCAGAGUGCCAAGCAACCAGAUGUAUGGUAUUUUUAGAGCCGCCGUGGAUAGUGUUUUAAAAUAAAUGAAGUGCAUCUUCGCCAAAAAAGGAAGUGCUGCUCUACUGUUUAUAUCAUGGUCCCCCGGCACCUUUCUAAGCAUAGAAGGAUUGGGCAAUACAUAGUCUGUUUGCCAGAACAGAAUAGUUCCAAGCCAUCAUUUUUUUUUAAAACAACAAAAAAAGGAUUUUCUACUUCUAAAAAAUCGCUCUUUUUUUAUUCGUAGGAUCACUGUGUUGUUUAAUAGAUAAUACAGCACAGACUCUUUUCUCAUUUCCAGUCUAUAGAGCUUUGCGGAAUGACAUGCUUCAGAUGUAUUACACUUUUACAAAGCCCCAGCUUUUCAAGGUUUUGUUUCCCUUCUAGGCUUACAGAUUGAUUGAUUCAAAAAAUAUGAGAAGGUACACUAAAAUGCAUUACUGCAACUCUUAUUUUUGCCAUUUUGUUCAAUUUUAAAGCUGAGGUUAAAGCAAGUGCAAAAUGUAAUAAUUAAUAAUCAGGAUAAAGACUAAUAAAAUUAAACUUUAAAAAUAAUUUUACAGGUCCCUUUCCUGUGCAUGAAAAGCUAAGUUGGCAAUAAAUGUGAAGUUUACAGUUCAUAGAGAUGCGUAUGUAAAUAGGUUGAAUGCCCUACAAUUGAAAUACACAUCCAGUGUAGUGCCUUUUAGAAUUAACCCAUUUACUUCUGGUUAUAUCACAUUCUUGCAGAUUUAAAGCCAUUAUAAAAAGUUACAAUAGGUCCUCCUCCAUUUUCCUGAUGUGAGUCUUUGAGGUGCCAUCUUUCUCCUGCUUUUGCCAGUCUUACAAAAUUCUGCAGCUUCUCCUUGGAGAGUUGCCAAUGUCAGUUUGAGAAACAAAACAACAGCGAGGGCUAAAGUGAUUUAGUCAGUAGCUCUCCAUUUAAAUGCUGUAGAUUCUGAAACUGACCUAAAGAUAGUGCAUGGAAGUUAUGGCACAUUCUGCUUUGGAAAAGACAGACAGACAGAAAAAGAACUUUCAGAAAGACAGCAGCAAUGGCCCCCAUAUUUCUCUCAGUACAGGUUUCCUUAAAAGUGGACCUGUAGUUGGUCCAUGCAGGGCAAAGCAACAGGUUUCCUCAAUUACUGCCCUCCUCAGCUGCACAUGACUAACCCCUUUUUACUCCCCUGCCAUGCCCUGUGUCAGCCACAAGCUGAUGAACUGCAGCUUACAAAAAACUAAAAGACUUUCUCCCCACAUCUGACACCAAUAGAUUCCUAAGCGGCCAGUAAUCAAGCAAUGGUGCUGUCAAAUGGGAGAAAAAAGAGUGAGUCACGUAUCAGGAUGCACCAGAUAUUUCUAAUUACAUAGAGGUACUGUAGCAGAGUGGUGGAAAUGUAUGUGCUGCUGUGGAGGGCUUUUGUCUUGCAAGGGCAAGGCAUAGUUUCAUUCAUGAACAAGAACACUAAUGAACAAUCCUUCAAUGGUAAAGUGUAGAUGUAUUUUUUUACGGCAUGAAAGUUAGGGCCAGAGAUGGGUGAAAAGUUAAGUAAAGAUGCAGGGGAAAAAAAAAACUUCUGUAGGUAUGUUGGCAAAAUCACGUGCAUGUAUGUUGGCAGAGUCACGUGCGUGUAGACUUUUACUUUAUAGCUAUUUUACUAUUUAAGCUAUUUUAGCUUUUACUAUCAAACCCCAAAAC